AAGUACACGAACGCUCCGUGCAUUAACCGGAAACGCGGCGGUUUUUAAUUAUUAACCGGGUUUCAGUUGUUUCGCUCCGUUGCCUGGAGACGGAGCGACUCGCUGUUGCCAUGGGGACCCGACAGAAGCAGCACGCGCAGGUCGUCUGAGGGCCGCAGCAGGAUGUCUUCUCUGUCCAUGAAGCCGGGUCUCCGUCACACCGUUUCUGAGUGGAGCAGCAACAACCAGCAGCUGUCGGCCGAAGCUCAACACCAACGUGGUGUUUCUGCUGCAAUCCGACAGGAUGGGAGGACGCUGCGCAACGAGACCAGCUCCAAGACGGUCUGGGAUGAGAGCGACUCGUCUCGGAGGCUCAGCGACCGGAUGUGGGACGUUGGUCGGUGGAAGGACAUGUUGGAAAGCUGUGCUCAGAAAGUGGACGAAGAGAUGGAGGCUCUGACUUUGUCCAAACAGCAGACUGAACAGAACCUGGCCGCCACCGCCGUUCCUCUGGAUGUGUCCACCGAGUGUCUGACGCUGAGGGACGGGCGGCGAGGCUUCGAGCUGGUAGUGGAUCCGGUGGACGAGCAGCUGAAGAAGGAGGUGGAGCUGAUAGAAAGAGUUCAGCAGGUCCUGCAGCAGAACGUGGACAAAGCCUUCGAGCAGCUGUGUGUUCUGCAGGAAGCUCGACACCAGCUGACUUCGGACCUCCAGAACAAGAUGGACACUCUGGACGUCGACAUGUCCUGUCUGUCGCUCACCAUAAAAUCUCCUCACAUCUCCCUGAAGACAAACCCAACUCGCAUCCUGUCAGGGUCUUCCAGCCCUCAGGAGUGGCUCCAGUUCAGCCAGUAUAACGUGUCCAGAGCCCAUGAAGCCAUGCAGGUUUCCCAGCAGAUGAGGGAGGACAUAAGCCUGACCAGAGCCCAGCUGCAGAAUGAGUUGGAGACUCAACGCAGAGCUACAGAGUUUUCUCUCCGUAAACGGAAUCACCAGGAAGAGCAGGCCAGAGACGAGCUGGAGUGGCAGAUAAGAACCACUGAAAAUGAAAUGUCAGAGAUGGAGAACGAUAUCAGCGGUUUGGAUGCAGAUCUGCAGGUGAAGACGGCCAACCUGAAACUGGCUCACACCAGACUGGAGACCAGAACCACCAGACCUGGGAUGGACCUGUGCAGGGACGAAGUGCAGUUGGGCCUCGUGGCUGAAGUCCAGCAGCUGGAAGCUACGAUCACGGCUCUGAAGCAGAAGAUCUCCGAGGCUCAGAGCUCUCUGCAGAAGAUGAAGCUCCAUCAUUCCCGGAUGCUGCAGGAUCUUUCCAGAAAACAAGAAGCUUUGUCUCUGGAGCAGCGAAGCCUGAACACCCGAAACCGACUUGCCUCCGCCUCCAGCGCCGAUAAAACUCCGGCUCUGGUGGUUCCCCUCAUGAACUCAAGUGGAAGAAGCAACUUAAAGCUGCUGGCUCAGUAAGAAGAUCAUGUUUCUGGAUCAGACUCAUUGCUUUUUAGCCCAGAAAUAAUGAGUCGGCAUGAUCGCAAAAUGCAGCAAAACUUUCCUUAAUUUUAAUCAUUAUUCCAACUAAAUCGAUCAUGUUUUUCCUGUUUCAGGGACCUUUCUGUGAUGAUUAACUUGCAUUUAUCUGUGCUGUGUUGAGUGAUCUAUCUUAUGUGUCUCUUUAAUCCUUACAGCAAAGUGUUGUCUGUAAAGUGUGAAUUUAAACAGCCGUUACACUGAAUUAAACGUCUACUGGUGAUGCUAAACGUGGCCUCUGCACAUGUUGUUCCCAAAUUUCACAUGUGAAAGCGUUCACGUUCGUGCCAGCUGAUGACUUCUAUCGACCUUUAACAGCUGUUUGUCUUGGUCGUGUUGUUUGAUCAACUGACGCCGCUCCGAGCAUAAAUGCAGCGUUAAUGACGUGAACUUUGACUCUGGUUCAGAUAAAAAUAAAAAAAGUCUGCCAAACAGGGUCCCUGACAUGAUAAAUACUAUAAAUCCCAAAUGACGUCUGCAGAUGGACAUGUUUUUACUGAGGAUCUGCAGUCGAUGAGCUCAGAUGUUUUCAAGAAAUGUUUGGUGAAAAUUUACAAAGAGAGUGACAUCUUCUCUGAUAAUUCUGCAGUAAAUCACAGAAUAAUAAACUCUAAUGAUUUAAGAGAAAGCAGCCGAGCAGCAAAUCAGCAGCACAGAGUUUCCAGGACAGAAGUUAGAUCUGCAGAUGUGAGGCCAAAUUAUCCAAAUACCUUCAUUUUUAAUUUAAAUAAUAAAGUAGAUGCACCUUUGGCUGCAAUUACAGAAGCAUCCGCACAUC